CUGAGUCGCCAUGAGGAAUUUCAGGAAGAAGCACUUCAAGCAUUCAUUACUCCUGAACUUCUCGAUGGGAGUAAUCAGUACUUUUGCGAGCGAUGCAAUUCAAAACAAGACGCUCAUAAGGGUCUGCGUGUAACAGAAUUCCCGUAUCUGCUCACCAUUCAGCUCAAACGUUUCGAUUUCGACUACAACACCAUGCAUAGGAUAAAACUGAAUGACAGGAUGACGUUUCCUGACGUGUUGGAUCUGAACCCCUUUGUUCAUCCACCAAAUGUCGCCGAAUUUUCUAGUGAGGAGUUUUCUGCCGCAACUGGAGAUACCGAAGUGAGCGCUGGCCAACAACUGGACCGUGCAUACGUGAAUAAGUUGCUGAAACGAGGAGAAUAUGUCUAUGAACUGUUUUCUGUUAUGGUUCAUCAAGGGAGUGCUGCAGGAGGACAUUACUUUGCACAUAUCAAAAAUAUGGAUCAAGGCCGAUGGUAUUGCUUUAAUGACACCCGUGUUGAGCCAGUAGGUCCUGAAGAAAUUGCAAAAAGUUUUGGUGGUUCAUAUGGAGGAUGGUCUACCAGUAACACCAAUGCCUAUAUGUUAAUGUACAGAAAGAUUAGUAAACACAAUUCGUCUUUUAUCCGCACGGCUGACUUACCUCAACAUAUCACCCAACUAAAGAGUCAAUGGAAGGAGCAGGAAGCGGAGCGAGAACGACAACGAAUAUAUCAGCUGAAUCUAGUUAAUAUAAAAGUUCAUUUGAACAUGGUGAGUGACAACGAAAGCUUGUUGAAUGAGCCGUAUGUUGUGGAUAUGCCUCGGACACAAGUUCUUUGCGAUGUUUAUAAUCAGGCGUUGAAAUUUUUCGAAGAGAAGACUCGUGCUUCUGGUAACCAAAGUGAUACUCCAGUCAUAUUUCGUCAUCAUAGUCGUCUUAUACGGGCCACAAACGAACGAGGCCUCACCAUUUACGAAGCGUAUGUGUCGAGGGCAGAUCUAGCCAAGGUUUGCUCUCACGAUUACUUUGAUCUGUGGCACUAUUGUGCCCGUUCCAGCAUGUUUCAUGAAAAUUAUACUCGUCUUUGCAGAAGGUGGAGACUUGUUUAA